AUGAUUCCUCAACAGCAACAACAACAACAGCAACAGCAACAUUCUCGUUCAUCGACUAGUGAUGAUGAUUCUGGUUGUGCUCUUGAAGAAUAUGCAUGGUGUCCACCAGGCCUUAAAGCUGAACAGGUUCGACAAUUUUUUAAAUGUUUUUCCGAAGAUAAAGUACCAUUUCUUAAUUCGAUUGGUGAAAAAUAUCGAACAAAAAUGCUUGAAAUACAACUACCACCACAAGAUUCAGAUGUGAAAUAUUGUCGUUCAUUGAAUGAAGAUGAAAAAAAUGAAUUACGAACAUUUAACGAACAACAACGACAUAAUGCAUUUGGUCGUGGCAUUGCUAAACAAUUACCACUAACACAAUCUCCUUUGCCAUGUCGUGGGUGUCAAAAGUUAAUUGAUUCAGGUUCAAUAUGUAUUUAUGUUGAACGAGCUGGUCGAAAUGGUUUGUGGCAUCCACAAUGUUUUAAUUGUAUACAAUGCAAAGAAUUUCUUGUUAAUUUAAUUUAUUUUCAUAAAGAUGGUCUACUUUAUUGUGGUCGACAUCAUGCUGAAUUAUAUAAACCACGAUGUACAGCAUGUGAUGAAAUUAUCUUCAGUGAUGAAUGUACCGAAGCUGAAGGUUAUAGUUGGCAUAUGGACCAUUUUUCUUGUUCCAAUUGUAAAAAACGCUUGGGUGGAGAACGUUAUGUUAUGCGACAAAAUCAACCAUUUUGUUUAAGUUGUUUUGAAACAAUGUAUGCAGAAUAUUGUGAUACAUGUGGUGAACGUAUUGAAACUGAUCAAGCACAAAUGGCACAUGAAUCUCAACAUUGGCAUGCAACUGAUGAAUGUUUUUAUUGUUAUACAUGUCGUAUACCACUUCUUAAUCGUGCUUUUUUUCCUCGAUAUGGUGCACUUUUUUGUUCAAAUGAUUGUGCAUUACAACGUAAUAAUCGUUUUAAUCAUAAAAAAUUUAUUCAACAAGAAAAAUUUGAUAAAAGUCCUGAUUUAAUACCAAUAACAUAUAAACAAACAAAUCAUCAACAUGUUAAAGUUCUUCCUCCACGUCCAAAACCAUUUCAACAACAACAACAACAACAACCAAAUAUUCGUACAAUAUCUAGUCGAUCAAAAGAACAAGGUGGUUAUGUAUCUGAUGGUGUUAAUAUUAGUAAAUAUAAACGUGAUUAUAAUAAUGGUUAUCUAUCUGAUGGUACAGGUACACGAAAAUAUAAAAAUAAUCGUCAACAAUUUCCAACAAAUUUAAACUAUGAUAAAGAUAAACCACAAGUAUUUUUACAAUUUCAAUCAUCACCUGAAUCAAUAUUAAAAAAUCGUCAUCAAAAUAAAAUGUUUAUAACAAAUAGUCGUUCACGUGAACCAAUACAAUUUUACAAUGAUUUAAAUCUUGAACAACUUGAUCGUCAUGGUGCAACACUUGAAAUAGCACGAUGUUCAACAUCAAAAUCAUCACGUUCAUCAUUACCAGAUUUAAGUAAUAAAAUAUCUCGAAUAAAUUCAAAUAAAACAAAUCAUUCAAUUAUAUCUCAAGAUACUUUAAUUGAUUCAUCAAUACCAAAAAAUCGUUUAAAACAUUUUGAUUCAAAUGAAAUUAUGUAUCCAAUAUCAAGACCAAAAUCAGUUGCUUUUUCAACAACAACAACUACCGCACAAUUUCCACGUUCACGUUCAUUAAAUGGUUCAGGACGUUUUACUAAACAACAUCAUGUUCGUUUUGUUGAUGAUGACAAAGAGAAAAAUAUUGAACGUUCAUCAGUAACAAAUAAUCGAUCAAAAAAAUAUUAUUUGUCAUCAUCAUCAUCAUCGUCAUCUUCAGAUUCAGAAAAUGACGAUGAUUUAGAUGCAAUUUAUCGUCAAUAUGACAUACAUGGAAAUCGAAUAAAAAAACCAAUUAAUUAUGGAACAAAAAUUACUUAUGUUGAUGAAUAUGAACAAGGAAAGAAUACAAUUAAUCCAGCAUUAAUGAAAAAACCAAUGAUAAUCAAUAAAAAAGAUAACAAAUCAAAUAGUGGACGAAGGAAAAAAGAUUGUAUUAUUAGUUAA